CACGUUAAGCCCCGGUUCACAUCUGUGCGGGUGGUGCUGCUGCGGAUCCGCACAAAAAUCCAUGCACCCACACAGAGGAAUGCAGACCUGUGGGCAGGUGCCAUUACUUCUAAUGGCACGCCGCCUGCACUGGAAAACGCAACUGUACUGGGAACCUCAGUUCCUGUGUGGGCUGCAUUUUUAGAAGAAGUGCAGGGACUUCUUCCCUGCGUGUCCCGGGGCUCGGGAGUCCAUUCAAAUGAAUGGGCUCUCGUACCCGCGCAAAACACGGCACACA